UUAUGCUUACAAUUCAGAGCAAGUUAAUGUUAAAGCAAGAGUGUAUCACGAAAAUGUCUCUCGUUCAUUUAAAUAAAGUUAAACCUGCCUGCAGAAGAUUCGAAGGAAAAGUUGCAAUUGUUACAGCAUCUACUAACGGAAUUGGCUUUGCAAUUGCAAGAAGAUUGGCACAAGAAGGUGCCUGUGUUGUGAUUAGUAGCAGAAGAGAAGAAAAUGUUAAACGAGCUGUUAAGCAACUUUGUGACGAAAAUUUAAAAGUUUCUGGUUUAGUUUGCCAUGUUGGAAAUCAAGAGGAUAGAAAACGACUUUUGGAAGAGGCUAUAUCAAAAUUCGGAGGAUUGCACAUUCUUGUAUGCAGUGCAGGUAUAAAUCCAGUUCCCGGACAAUUAAUUUUGGAUUGUUCGGAGAAAGUGUGGGAUAAAACCUUUGAUGUUAAUGUAAAAACUACCUUUUUACUAAUAAAGGAAUCACUACCGCUUCUCAAAAAAAGCAAAUCAUCUUCUAUUAUUCUUAUAUCAACAAUGGGAGGAUACACAAAUAAUCUGGGUGUUUAUUCUGUAAGCAAAGCGGCUUUAUUUGCUUUGUGUAGAUCAAUCGCAAAUCACCAUACAAAGGAUGGCGUCCAAAUUAAUUGCAUAGCACCUGGUUUAGUAAAAACCAAUUUUGCUAAAUUCUUAUCUGAGGAUAAAGAAAGAGUAACUCAAAUAUUGUCAAGAACUCCAAUGAAUAGACUUGGUUUGCCUGAAGAAAUUGCAAGUGUUGCUGCAUUUUUGGCCAGUGAAGAUGCUUCAUUUUUGACGGGGGAAACUAUAACUGUUUCUGGUGGUAAUCCACCUUCUAGAUUGUAGCCUUUUAUUUUAUAAUAAAUAGAGCAAAUUGUAUUACAA